AUGACGUUCUCGUAUGUUGCUCGACAUCAGCUAACUUGUGGUCGUCGCUGUGUUGUCGUCGUCGUCCUUCAAGGUUCGCCAACAAAUGGUACAAAAGUCCAAGGUUGGACAAAGUGGCCAUUCUCCAACCCCCAAUGCUUGGCUCAGCUCUGGCUGGUCACACCUAUCAACGGAACAGCAGAUUCCUUCACCUUGCAAAAUCUUCAAGGUGGCCUCUACCUCGACUUGCCAGAAGGUAAAAGCACCAAUGGGAACCCACUUCAAGGAUGGCAGCGCGCGGGUAAUAACCAGGUUUGGACCAUCCGAAAGGUAGGCACGUUUUACAGGAUGCAAAACGCACAGGGCGGAACGUUUGUCGAUCUUUUAUAUGGGGGCACUGCCAAUGGGACUGUCAUUGAGGGCUGGGAAGGCGAGUGGAGUAGCACUGUCGACGAGCACCAACUCUGGUCAUUCCAGCUCGUGAGCCAGACAGGCACACAGAUCGCCAACACCCUUAAUGCGAACCCUAUUCUCAAAGGCCACAUUGUCAACUAUCAGCUGGAUGGAAUAUAUUGGGUCGUCGACAAGGACCUGGUGGCCAGUAUUUGGACUGGUGCCAACCUCGGCGUGGGGAAGAAAUACACCUUGCGACCUGAGCUAUUUGACCAAGAUGACUUUGUCUUCACCUCCAAGGUGCAGUUGGCUCAAUGGGGAAGCGACAAUAUUCGUGCCAGCGGCUUGAACUUGCUCUUCGGUGUGGCGCUCGGAGUGUCUACGGCGGAAGGAUCGGGUGGGCAGUCGUGCAACGUUUUCCUCGAUAGCGAUCUUUCGACCGUCCUCUUCUUCGAUGCCCAGACAGGCAAAUUACUGGACCCGACAGCCAUCACCUCCCAGAACAAGCGCCAAAACGGUCGCUUACGAUUGAAAUAA